CACCAAGAAAAUAAGAGAAAAACAAAUACACUAAUUUCUUCCAUCUUUAAUCCAAGAUUCAUGAAUUAGAAGCUUCCCCACUCUUCUCCAACACCUGGCUUUCUAAUUUCAUUACGUAAGUUCAAGAUUCCAUCCCUAAUCUUUUGGUUAUGAACCCUAAUGCACCAUUACUUGCUACAUUUUCAUAAUCUUUAUCAAGUUUUAGCAACUGGGUAUCAAGAUCUUGUUCCUAAUAUUGAUUUCUACUUCUUUUUGUGAAAUUAUAAGUUCCCAUUUCAUGAAAUUUCACAGGCAGCUUGAAUUGGGUAUUUGAUUCAAAUGGCUGUUAGCCAAGAUGAGGAGGUUGUUCUUGCUGAAGAAAAGGGUAAUGUGAGAUUGAUCACCUUGAAUCAGCCAAGAAAACUGAAUGUGAUUUCGUCAAGAGUGGUUUAUCUACUGGCUGAAAACCUGGAAAAAUGGGAAAAAGAUGAAGAUGCAAAGCUAGUGAUUAUUAAGGGUGCAGGUCGUGCAUUCUCUGCCGGUGGGGAUUUGAAAAUGUUCUAUGAUGGCAGGAUAUCGAAGGAUUCAUGUCUUGAAGUAGUAUAUAGAUUUUAUUGGCUCUGCUACCACAUCCAUACCUACAAGAAACCACAGGUUGCUCUUGUUCAUGGGAUUUCAAUGGGUGGAGGUGCAUCACUUAUGGUUCCGAUGAAGUUUUCAGUUGUCACAGAAAAAACCGUCUUUGCCACUCCAGAAGCAAGUAUUGGGUUUCAUACUGAUUGUGGUUUCUCGUACAUCCUUUCUCGUCUUCCAGGCCAUUUGGGUGAAUACUUUGCGUUGACCGGGGCACGGUUGAGUGGUGGGGAAUUGGUUGCAUCCGGAUUAGCAACGCAUUUGGUUCCUUUAGAUAAACUACCGGCGCUAGAAAACCGUUUGGUAAGCCUGAACUCCGGCAGCGAGAGUGAAGUGAAAGCAGCCAUUGAAGAAUUCUCUUUAGAUGUUCAGAUUGGUGAAGAAAGUAUCUUAAACAAACGCCCGAUAAUUGACGAGUGUUUUUCAAAAGAUUCUGUGGAAGAGAUCCUAGAAUCAUUCGAAGCCGAAUCAAGAAAGGAAGGAAACGGAUGGAUCGUACCCGUGCUUAAAGGCUUAAAACGAUCGUCUCCUACUGGUUUAAAGAUAACUCUAAGAUCGAUUCGUGAUGGGAGGAAGCAAACGCUUUCCGAGUGUCUGAAGAAAGAAUUUAGACUCACAAUGAAUAUACUCCGAACCACAAUAUCCGGCGACGUUUACGAGGGUAUUCGAGCUCUUACCAUAGACAAAGAUAACUCUCCAAAGUGGGAUCCUCCAACACUUGGGGAAGUGGACACCCAGAAACUGGAUCUUGUUUUCCAGCCGUUUGAACAAGAUUUGGAGCUUAGGGUUCCUGAAAACGACGAACAAAGGUGGAGUGGGAAGUACGAGGAAUCGGUUUAUGCUUGAUAAGAAGAUCGUUGGAUUCACGAAUCUCGGCCGAAAGGAGGGAAAUAAAAUGGUUUUUAUGGACCUAAUAGUUUGUAUAAGCUUGUAAACCAGUUUCCAUAUGAAUAUGUAUGAAAAUACAGUGUCGGUUGUUUUAUAUGUGAAAUGUUUAUUACUGACUUUAU